AAGUUAGAGUUGGUUAUUUUCCAGAGCAUGUUGUCGCCUGCAGAUGAAGCACAUUAGUACACCCAAGAUUGAUGACGUUCACUUGCAGAGCAAGUUCUCACAGAAGAAAACACACAAAGGCAGUCUUUACGUGACACCAACCCAUCUUAUCUUUCACAAUCAAACCGUAGGAAGAGAAACAUGGCUGUUGCAUACUCACAUCUUACAAGUGGAAACGCUACCAUUAAAUACGAAAGGCUCGCCCUUGAAGAUAACCUACAAAACAUUUAGAUCAUUCACAUUCAUCUUUGCUAAAGAUCGUGAAUGCCAAGACAUCUAUGAUACUCUGGUGCACUUCUCUAAACCAAAUUCAUAUAAUGAUUUAUAUGCGUUUCACUACUCACCACAAGAGAAGAAAUUCAGCCGCGAGAACGGCUGGUCUAUCUUCCAUCACAAGAAAGAGUUUGGUCGAAUGGGCAUUCCCAACGACUACUGGCAUUACAGUCCAUUGAAUGAGAACUUCAAGGUUAGUGAAGAAGUCGUGAAUGGGAGUGCUAAGUUUAGGUCGAGAGAGAGAGUACCAGCAUUGUCUUAUUACCACCAAGAGACACAGGCAGCAUUAUGUCGUUGCAGUCAGCCACUAAGUGGGAUGGUCAAACGAUCAUCAGACGACAAACAUUUGGAAACAAUUACGCGAGCGAAUCCCAACAAAGGAUACAUGUAUGUAGUCGACACACGCCCACGAAUCAAUGCAAUGGCCAACAAAGCAGCAGGAAAAGGUUAUGAGAAUACAAAUUUUUACAGCAAAAUGGAGUUUCACUUUUUGGGAAUUCCCAACAUUCAUGUGAUGCGUGACAGUUUGAACAAACUGGUAGAAGUUGUGUCGAAUCCUAGUUUGAGUAUGACAGAGUUUCUCAGUGGUAUUGCGGGCAGUGGUUGGUUGAAACAUAUUAGGAGUGUCAUGGAGACAUCAAUUUUUAUAGCAGAGGGGCGGUCUGUGUUGGUUCACUGCAGUGAUGGUUGGGAUCGAACGGCUCAGAUGUGCUCUGUUGCCUCGUUGAUUGAUCCUUACUAUCGCACUUUGCACGGAUUUCAAUUUCUAAUCUGUAAAGAGUGGCUGGCAUUUGGACACAAGUUUACUGAAAGAAGUCGUGUGGCAGCUCCAGUGCCAGUUUCCAUGUACUUUCCAGUUUAAUGAGAAACUCUUUAUUGAUCUCCACAAACAUGCCGUUCAUGUCAGUUUGGAACAUUUCUUGGCAACUGUGAACGAGAACGAAAAGAGCUAGAAUUGAGUAGCCGAACGUAUUCAUUCUGGGGAUAUGUAUGGGAGCAUGAGCAUGAGAGUGAGUAUUUGAAUCUCAUGUAUCGAUCAAUGACGAAAUACACUGAAAUGAUGCUUAAUCCAAACAUUAGCCCACAGAGAAUACGGUUUUGGAGAGGAAUGUACAGUCGUCAUGAUCACGCUGUGCUUCCUCGGUAAUCAACAGAAUCUUGUCUUGCAAGCAUCGUACGGGAAACAGAGAAUUGGCGGAAAGAGAAAUCAGUCCUAGAACAGAAAAUUAAGGCACUGAAAAAGCGUCUUGGCUAUGUUGAUCAUGAAGCAGACGAUUCAUCCAUUUCCGAUAUGAAAGGAGGAGAAGACAAGAGCAUGGGUCGUAUGGAGAAAAGAAAGAUAGCCUAGACUGUAUUGUUGACAACAGUUUCUAUGGGUGGGAUCACUAAAUAGAGAGGCUAAGUGGCUUUCUCUAGAGCAGCAGUCUCUGUUACUGGAAGUAGUUGUCAUGAGUGUGACACAUUUGUGUAACAUAAGAAUGACACACAUUGAUGCUUUCACAACAAA